AAGUCUUUGCCCACCUCUUCCAGACUUUAAUUACAUUUCUCUUCCCUCCCCCAAAGACUCCUUCACAACCAACAAGCCCCCCAACCCCAACUCAACUCAUUGCUUCGAAAUGUCAAUCUCCGUUGCAAGGUUUGUCGCAUCCGGGGGCAAGAAAAAACUUUUCUUGGCUCUCUUUGCGUCUGUCCUUCUAGUCACUGCCAUAGUUAGCAUUGCCACCACCGUAUCCGUCUCCAAAAGGAAAUCUAGCAACAACAACAGCAAUAAUGCAGCGCACUCCAUCAUCAAAUCUUCCUGUAGUUCCACAUUAUACCCAGAGUUAUGUCUCUCAACGAUCUCUGCUGCCCCAGAUGCUGAGACCAAGAUCAAGAGCCCCAAGGCUGUUAUCGUAACGUCAAUGAACUUGACAAUAACUGCUGUCCAAAGUAACUAUUUAUCCAUCAAGAAGCUCAUCAGCACAAAUAAGAACCUCACGAAACGUGAAAAGACUGCCCUUAAUGACUGUCUUGAACUGGAAGAUGAAACUUUGGACGAGCUCUACAAAGCUGAACAAGAUCUCAGCGACUAUCCCACUUUUAACAAGUCCAUUUCGCAACAUGCUGAUGAACUCAAGACCCUUCUCAGUGCUGCAAUGACCAACCAAGAAACUUGCCUUGAUGGAUUCUCUCACGAUAGUGCGGAUAAAAAGGUGAGGCAAGCGUUAAUAGAUGGGCAGAUGCAUGUGUUCCAUAUGUGUAGCAAUGCACUGGCAAUGAUCAAGAACUUGACAGACACGGACAUGGCAAGUCAGGGUUACCCAUCAGGGCGGCAACUUGAGGAGCAAGACGAAACAGAAUGGCCUGAAUGGUUGUCGGCGGGAGACAGGAGACUGCUGCAGGCGCCAACAGUUACCCCUGAUGUAACCGUGGCCGCUGAUGGCAGCGGUGACUUCCGCACGGUGUCGGAGGCGGUGGCGGCUGCACCGGAGAGAAGCACCAGGAGAUACAUUAUAAAGAUUAAGGCUGGAGUGUAUAAGGAAAAUGUGGAUGUGCCAAGGGGGAAGACCAAUCUCAUGUUUGUGGGAGAUGGGAGGGUUAAUACCAUCAUCACUGCUAGCAGAAACGUUGUCGAUGGCAGCACCACUUUCAACUCUGCCACUGUGGCUGCCGUAGGAGACGGGUUCUUGGCCAGGGACAUUACAUUUCAGAACACGGCUGGACCAUCAAAGCACCAAGCAGUGGCGCUGCGUGUGGGAUCAGACUUAUCGGCAUUCUACAGGUGUGACAUGUUAGCAUACCAGGACACUCUCUAUGUGCACAGCCUUCGCCAAUUCUAUGUACAAUGCCUUGUAGCAGGUACUGUGGACUUCAUAUUUGGAAACGCAGCAGCAGUUUUUCUAAACUGUGACAUUCAUGCUCGUCGACCCAAUCCAGGCCAAAGGAACAUGGUCACCGCACAAGGCCGCGAUGACCCUAAUCAGAACACUGGAAUUGUGAUCCAGAAAUGCAGGAUUGGUGCAACCUCAGAUUUACUGGCUGUUAAGGGAAGUUUUGCCUCUUAUCUAGGGAGACCAUGGAAACAAUAUUCGAGGACCGUUAUUAUGCAAUCUAAUAUAAGUGAUAUCAUCCACCCAGCUGGCUGGUUCGAGUGGAAUGGACCAUUUGCACUAGAUACAUUGACAUAUCGGGAGCAUCAGAACACUGGGGCUGGUGCUGGGACGUCAAACAGGGUUACAUGGAAGGGGUAUAAGGUAAUUACCAGCGUAACUGAGGCGCAGGGCUAUACUGCUGGGAAUUUUAUUGCAGGCGGUAGUUGGUUAGCCGCUACGGGCUUUCCUUUCUCUCUCGGUCUUUGAAUUAUGGCUGAAGUUUAGAUUCACGUGAUUCAGAUUAAGAGUAUUAUUGCCAAGUUUUCCUUUGCUCUUUGACAUUU